AUGGAUCACAUAGCAGCAGCAGAAGAGCGACUUGUGAACGACAGGUUGAGGCAAAAAUUAAACGAAGUCAAUGCGGCUGCACAAACCCAACUCUCAGCUGUCCAAGACCAUAUCAAUUUCACUCUUCAGCAAGCGUACUUCAAAUGCGCUUACGAGUGCUUUGACAGGAGGAGGAAGUCAGAAGAGAUUGGGAGCUGUGUGGAACAUUGCAGUGUUCCUGUUCUAAAUGCUCAGAAUCUGGUUGAGAAUGAGAUGGCCAAGUUUCAGGUGAAUUCUGUCUCUUUCUCCUUUUUUUUUUUUUGGAAGGAUUUUCUUACAUGAAUAAUUAAGUCUAAUAGUUUACAUUCAAACCUUACUGUUAUUUUUCUUGAAGCUGUUCUGGGUCAUACUUAUACAUUCUUUUAUACUCUUUCUUUUCAAAUUUCAAUGCCUACUUUUCAUUCAUGAAUUUAAGGGCGUGCACACACACACACGGAUGCUCUUAAUGUAUAGAAGUGGGUAGGCACGUGUAAGGACAAAUUUUGUGUGAUCAAUUACACAAAAGAGGUGUCAAAUUACAAUCAUUUAAUCUUUAACUUUUGAUUAUAAGAUGUGGUGUUGAUUGUAUUUGGCGUGCUUUCACGAGUACACAAUAUUUUGAUUCUUGGUUGACUUAGUGAGGAUGAGGGUCAAAUUGUGUGUUUCUCGACCUUCAAUUUGAUGAUGACUUUGGUGUAUCCUUUCUUUGUACUUUGAGAUUAUCGGGUUGAAGAUGAUUUGAAGAAUCUCUUGGAGAAGGGCCUUUAAGGUGUAUUCUUCUCCUCAUAGACAAGAGCUCCCUUGAUCUGCCAUUCUUUUGUUUCUCCUCCCUUUGCUUUCUUGGAAGAGUUAUCUUAUACAAUGGCAUUUUACUUAAACACCUCUCUAUGGGCUCUAUAGAGUGGGCCAUCCAUAUUAAUAAAAAAUUAUGGACAUUACGUUAGGUUUGUAUAAUUUGGGCUUGUGGUAUUUAGGUUCAAUCUAAUUUAAUUUUGAAAACUUACGUGAUUAGAUUUUUGUACCCUAAUUUUAGACAUAAUUUUUUUUUUU